GUACGAGUGAAGCGAUGGACUCUUGAACUAGAUGGUGUAACCAUGCCCCCUUCAAAUGUGACAUCUCCCGGCGCGCAGAACAACAACGACAACAACACAACAGCAGCAUUUGCCAAAAAACAACCAAACAUUGUGCAACUUUUUCCGUUUUUCCCCCCAUUCUAUCAAGACAUUUUUCGUGGCCAAAAAAAAAAACAGGUGCCGGUUAGUGAAAGGAAAGGAGCAGCGUAGUUGCUAGGAAAAUGUGGAGACACAUCACAACUUUUUUGUUGCUGUAAAAACUCAUAAAACGGACGCUUCAUUGUGGCGUGCAGUGUGUGUUAUGCAUGAGAAACAGAUCGGAGCAGAUUGCAUCGUUAUCUAAUUUCUAGGUCGAUUUACUUGCCUUCGCUUUGCUCGUGAUAGUGCAUCUGAAUCCGUGGCAUUUGGCGGUCGGUGAAAGAUUGCAGUAGGGACCUUCGAGGAGAGCGGUCGUUAGUUGAGCGUAUGUUCCUUUCACCAAGGCCCCGGUCAUAAGUGGAGUUUGAAUCUAGCCUUGAUAUUGUAAUUCUUGUCCAUAAAAGCGUGCAAAGCAAAUCCCAAGGGUGGACCUAUUUCUUGCUAGUACUAGUUCUCAGUAAUAUUUGUGCGCUUUAGUAAGCAUGGCAACGGGAGAAAAGCAAUCCAGUGACAACAUGAUUUCCCUUGGCUGGAAAUUUUUAAACAAGGAAACAUUUGGCAAUGGUGAGCGAGCCAACUAUGUGAACAGUCCGCAUGUGAUUGCGAUGGUCGGAUUGCCGGCUCGUGGCAAAACGUACAUCUCGAAAAAACUGUCCCGCUACUUGAACUGGAUCGGUAUCAACACAAAGGUGUUCAAUUUGGGUGAAUAUCGACGCCAUGCGACCGAUGCCUACCGUAGUCAUGAGUUUUUCCGUCCGGAUAAUGAGGAAGCGAUGGCCAUCCGGCAGCACUGUGCUGAGCUGGCGCUGGAGGAUGUUUGCAACUGGUUGGAAAAUGGAGGAGAAGUGGCGGUGUUUGAUGCUACGAAUUCCACCCGAGAUCGCCGUCAAAUGAUACGCGAAAUUGUUGUGAAGAAGAUGGGAUACAAGCUGUUUUUCGUCGAAUCAAUCUGUGACGAUCCCAGCAUUAUCGAGCAGAACAUCAUGGUUAAGCUCAGUGGGUUGGAGCAUCAUCCACCACUGGUUCCGAAUGAGGAAGUAAAAGUAAGUAGUCCCGAUUAUCGGAAUAUGAAUAUGGACGAAGCUUUGUCCGAUUUCCGGCUCCGCAUCGAACACUACCAGGAACGAUACGAACCAUUGAGCGAGGAAUUGGAGAAAGAUUUGUCUUACAUGAAGAUCUACAAUACGGGCGAAAAAGUGGUCGUCCACAAGCACGAGGGUCACAUACAGUCGCGCAUCGUGUACUACCUGAUGAAUAUUCACAUUACCCCGAGAACAAUUUAUCUCACCAGACACGGUGAAAGUGAACACAAUCUGCAGGGUCUGAUCGGUGGUGAUUCAAACCUAAGCGAACGUGGUCGUCGCUAUGCACAGGCGCUCGCCAAAUAUAUUGACGAGCAGCAAAUCGAAGGACUGCGGGUGUGGACAUCGUGGCUAAAACGAACCAUUCAAACAGUUGCGGAUGUGAACGCACCCCAAGAACGCUGGAAGGCACUGAAUGAGAUCGAUGCAGGCAUUUGUGAGGAGAUGACAUACGAGGACAUUCAGCAACGGUUCCCCGAAGAGUUUAAGGCACGAGAUCAAAACAAAUUCGCCUAUCGCUAUCCACGCGGCGAAAGCUACGAAGAUUUGGUGGUGCGACUAGAACCGGUCAUGAUGGAACUCGAACGGCAAGGAAAUGUGCUCGUAGUGUCGCACCAGGCCGUGUUGCGAUGCGUAUUGGCAUACUUUUUGGAUAAAUCUGCCGAUGAGCUACCGUACUUGAAAGUGCCUCUACACACCAUUAUUAAGCUGACACCGGUAGCGUACGGUUGCAAGGUGGAACACAUAAUGUUGCCAAUCCAUGCCGUCGAUACGCAUCGCGCCAAGCCAGAGAGUGAGCUGGAUCUGGACGAUUCCUUCGACAGCACCGUGGGUGGUAGCCCUCCGAACGGAAAGCAGAUCAUUCUGAACGGCUCAAACGGAGAGUGUCGCUUCUUUCCCAACAACUCGUAAACCUCGUUUCUAGUGGGCUACAUCAGAGCCCAUUAUUCAUUGUGCUCUUGUGGCUUCAAAAUGCUCUAUGUGUAAUAUGUUUAGGUUUUUUUUUUGUUAAUUCUGUUACGGUAUUUUAUUAUUUCAUCUUUCGCGUCUUAUCUUUUGCUUUCUCUGAUCGUUCAAAUGUUUGUUUCCCCCUUUGCGGAUUAGCACAUUAUCAUUCUCCCGAUUUAAUGUUCAAGAUUAUGUUUUGCGUUAGGUAUUGUUAGGUAUUUCGGCGACCAUACGAUAUUCCUGGUUCAAUGGUUGGUCUCUUUUAUGAAACGUUUUCUAAUUUGUUUGAGACAGUUUUUGCCUGAAGUAUGUUUAGUAGAAAAGUUUUGUUAAUAAUUAUUCGUUGUAAAUUUUGUUCAGUGAAGAAAAGAACAGGUUUCUGCAAUUGUGCAAUUGAAUAGUU